GUACCGUACUGUGGGAUACUUAAACACUUUUACGCGUGGACACGUUUUGGUGCUGUGUUCCUCUCGCAUCGUGGACAGACAGACAGAGAAGAGAAGAGGAUGGUGGGUUAACGCUGUAACCAACCUACCCUCGUGUGUCAUCUCCCUUGUUCUGUUUUGCUGGAGGGUUUCGCGAUUCAGUUUUUGGAGGCGCUUUUUUUGGAUAACCUACGCCUUUUGGCACGUUUUUGCUGUUCUGGAAAUGUGAAGACAGUGCCGAAGUGAAACCCCUGCAUCUCCAGCUGUCUCCUGACAACAACAAACGCGACUCUGGAACCGAACACGCGUGGAAGUAAAGUUUGCAGUGAGAAUGAAGAGGAGAAAAUUGUCAUAACUGCUUCGAUCGGUACUGCUACUGAAUUGGAUUACUGUACGGACAACGUGCAUCGCGUCAAGUAGGAGUUGGCACGUUUGCGGAGUUGCUGCUGCCUUCCCUCUGAUUGUAAAGUUGUCACGUUGCCCUGUAGUGAUAGUGAAUAAUUAACGCGCUGUAGUUAAUGGUUGGAUUUAUUUGUAUAACUGGAAGCUACGUCGUUUGGGGGAAGUUUUCAAUUCUUGGCACGCUCGUAGAAUGACCACCUACAACCACUACUACUACUGCUGCUGUUAACCCUAUUUUGCUUACAGCGCAAGACAUCACUGGAACAUAUAGCCAAGCGUUUAUUUCAUUGAUUUGGAUUAGUUUUUGGGGGACGCAGCCAUGGAGGAGUGGAGGCAAUGCGGUCGCUGGCUCAUAGAUUGCAAGGUGCUGCCCCCGAAUCACCGCGUCGUGUGGCCCUCGGCUGCGGUGUUUGACCUGGCCCAAGCCCUGAGGGAUGGGGUUCUGUUGUGCCAAAUGCUGCACAAUCUCUCGCCCGGGUCCGUGGAUCUAAAGGAGAUAAACUUCAGACCACAGAUGUCACAGUUCCUGUGCCUGAAGAACAUCCGCACAUUUCUCAAGGUCUGCCACGACAAGUUCGGCCUGCGCAACAGUGAACUCUUCGACCCCUUCGACCUUUUCGAUGUCCGGGAUUUCGGCAAGGUCAUCUCUGCUCUAUCGCGGAUCUCCCACCACAGCAUUGCACAAAUCAAAGGAAUCAGGCCUUUCCCGUCAGAAGACACAGCAGUGAAUGAAGAUGAUGUGUAUCGCAGUCUGGAGGAGCUGGCUGAUGAACAUGACCUGGGCGAGGAUGACAUCUACGACUGUGUGCCGUGUGAAGACGACGGGGAUGACAUCUACGAGGACAUUAUCAAGGUGGAAGUACGACAACCCAUGAAAAUGGGGAUGACAGAGGAGGACAAGAGGAACUGCUGUUUGCUGGAGAUCCAGGAAACAGAAGCCAAAUACUACAAGACCCUAGAAGACAUCGAGAAGAACUACAUGAUCCCUCUGAAGCAGGUAUUGACGCCACAGGAAAUGGACGCCAUCUUUGUCAACCUAGAGGAUGUGAUCAAGGCGCACCUCGCCUUGCUCAAAGCCAUCGACCUCAACAUGGUGAGCGGAGGCAGCGGACUGGGCAAGAUCUUCUUGGAUUUCAAGGAAAGGUUGUUGAUCUACGGUCAGUACUGCAGUCACAUGGAGAACGCUCAGAAGACCCUGGACGAGCUCAUCGCCACCAGAGAAGACGUCCGCAUCAAAGUCGAGGAAUGUACUAUGAAGGUCCAGGAGGGGAAGUUCAAGCUGCAGGACCUGCUGGUGGUGCCCAUGCAGAGGGUGCUCAAGUACCACCUACUACUGAAGGAACUUCUGAGUCACUCCACGGAUCGACCAGAGAGACAGCAGCUGAAAGAAGCACUGGAGGCCAUGCAGGACCUGGCUAUGUACAUCAAUGAAGUCAAGCGGGACAACGAAACGCUCAAGAAGAUCAGCGAAUUCCAAAGUUCCAUAGAAAACCUGCAGGUGAAACUGGAGGAGUACGGUCGCCCAAAGAUCGACGGAGAGCUCAAAGUGUGUUCCAUCGUCAACCGGACCAAGCAGGACCGGUAUAUUUUUCUGUUUGAUAAAGUGGUCAUCGUGUGCAAACGGAAAGGCUACAACUACGAACUCAAAGAAAUCAUCGAGCUGCAGUCGUACAAAAUGUCCGAUGAUCCAAUGAACAAUCGCGACAUGAAGAAGUCGAGUGGAAAAAUGUGGUCGUACGGCUUCUACCUGAUCCACCUGCAGGGCAAACAGGGCUUUCAGUUCUUCUGCAAAACCGAGGAGACCAAAAGGAAGUGGAUGGAGCAGUUUGAGAUGGCCAUGUCAAAUAUCAAACCGGAGAGAGCAACAGCCAACCAGCACAACUUCCAGAUGCACACGUUUGAUAAGGACACCAACUGUCGAGCCUGCAAGAUGCUGCUCAGGGGUAUUUUCUACCAGGGCUACUACUGCUCUCGCUGUGGGACAGGAGCUCACAAAGAGUGUCUGGAGAUCAUCACUAUCUGUAAAAUCAAUCCUCAUGACUUGGAGCCUGGGAUGGCAUCAGGUCCAAAGAUGGUGGCCGUGAGGAACUACCACGGCACUCCGGCUCCACCAGGCAAAGUCCACCUGAGCUUCCAGACAGGAGACUACAUCGAGCUGCUCAAGGGGGACCCCGACACGUCCUGGUGGGAGGGGAGGCUGAUGCAGACACAGAAGAGUGGAUUUUUUCCCAGCUCAUGUGUAAAGCCCUGUUUGGACCCUAAGCCGUUCCAGACCCUAUGUCGACCGUCGUCCAGGGAGGGAGACUACUACGGGUAUCCCUGGUUCGCCGGGAACAUGGAGAGGCAGCAGGCUGACAACCUCCUUAAGUCCCACUGCAGCGGCACCUACCUGAUCCGCGAGAGGACAGCGGAGGCAGAGAGAUACGCGAUUAGCAUCAAGUUCAAUGAUGAAGUCAAACACAUUAAGGUGAUCGAAAAGGACAGUUGGAUCCACAUCACAGAGGCCAAGAAGUUUGAGAGUUUAUUGGAACUAGUGGAGUACUACCAAGCCCACUCGCUAAAGGAGAGCUUCAAACUGCUGGACACGACGCUGAGGUACCCCUACAAGUCCAGAGAGAGGUCGCUCACCAGGGGGAGCACUCGGUCACCAGCCGCCACCUGCGCCUCCUACAACUUCUCCUUCCUCAGCCCGCAAGGCCUCAACUUCUCCUCUUCUCCGACCGCUGCCCCCUUCUGGUCAGUGUUUACUCCCAGGGUGGUGAGCACGGCGGUUGCCAGAUAUAACUUUGCGGCCCGGGACAUGAGGGAGCUGUCCCUGAGAGAAGGAGACGUGGUAAAGAUCUACAGCAAGAUCGGAGGAGACCAGGGCUGGUGGAAGGGGGAGGCCAACGGACGGAUCGGCUGGUUCCCCUCGACUUACGUGGACGAAGAGGGCGCACAGUAACCAACUCCACUUCAGGAACUAUCUAUCUACUGUUCUACUCAGAGGAAAUCACUCCACUCCGGGAAAACCCAAUGGAAAACCCAAUGGAAAACCCAAUGGAAAAACCCAAUUGAUGUUGCUUUUGCUGGAUACUGUUUUUCAGUGACUGUCCCUCUUCUCUCUCUCUCUUCUUAUGCAUCUGCGUCGCUCUUGUUUUUGUUCAAGAUCUCCUGUCUUAUUUCCUGCAGGAGAAGUGUGGCUAAUUUCGCCGCACACAAUUUGGAUAGCUUUACUUUGAAAAGGCUCCGUUUCGUUGCUAUGGUGAAAUAAUUGUACAGUAUAGAUAAUUUAUUGAAUAGAGUUUAUUAUCAUGAUUAUUGUGAGGAUUUUAGCCGCGGUCCAAAACAUGUUCCGAAAAACAAAAACCUGCUUUUCUGAUUUGUUGUCAAGAGAUUUUUUGCCUUAGUUGUCAUGGUGAUGCCUUGUGGGGGCGGACACCGGAUGUUCUGAUUGGACUCUUGUAUGCAUGUGCCCACACACAAACACAGACACACACACGUAUACACACACACAAACACACACACUGACCAAUGGACAGUACGGUGCCUUCGAGAACUGGUCGUCUCUCCAAACCUCAACAUCAGCAGUGAACAAGAGCGUCCUACAAAUGCUGGAAAUACACAGUUUAAUGGACCAAGGGAUAUUAAAAGUGAAGCUAUCAUGCAAAAGGAGUUAAAGAGACACUAUGUAACUUUUCUGGAGGGGGCCUGACACCUUCUUGUCUCCAUGGAGAUGUUAUUUUUACAGUAUGGCGCUCUCACUUUCAGCUAAGCCCACAUCACCAUACAUCUAACCCGUAAUUUGGCCCAUCUGUCUCCAUGGAGAUUAAUAAUGUAAUGGAAAGUUCAAGGCAAAAUGAUUAAAAAAAAAUCCAGGUGGUAACUCUAUCCAGAAAAAGUUACAUAUUACGUCUUUACAAAUAAAUUGUUUUGUCCCUGAAGGUAAUUUUGCACUUCUCUAGAUCAAGGUUCAUGGUGAGGACUACUUAGCACGAGGAUUGGUCUGCCGUGAAUGUUUUAGAACGAUGGAGGAAACCGGAGCACCUGACCACCCAAACACAGGUAGAACAUGCAAACUUAGCUAAUAAAGACUUCAUUUGGCCUGGGUAUUGAGCUUACCUUAACUUAUUGGUGUAAAAACAGUGUUACUCGCUUGACUACUAUGCGCCGAAAAUGGAAGAUUCUCAGAAAUAACAUGACUGGACGCCAACGUGAAUGUACAGUCUUUGUUUUGUUCAUGUGCAGAGUUCAUUAACAUACUGCUAGGAAUAAGUAUUAAUAAAACAAACAGCGUGGGGGUACGUCUUGUUAGUUAUUCCUGUUAAAUUGUCGAUGGAGGUCGACAUUACAUACGCCAGUCAAACGUUUGGACACAUCUCAUUCAGUGUAGUUUUUCUUUGUUAACUACUUUCUGCGUUUUAUAUAUAUACAUGAAGCAACAUAUAUGGAAUUAUGUAGCAAAGAAAAAAGGGAAAUAACCCAACAACAUUCUUAAAAUACAUUAAAUUUCUCUUUGCUUUGUCGACGGAACUGCAAACUCACGGUCUUCUCUCGAUGAGCUUCUGAAGUUUCCUGAAAUGGCAUUUUUUGACCCUGACAAGGCACAGCUGUGAAGUAAAAACCAAGUGUCCAAAGCAGUGAUGAAAGCCAAAGGUGGCUAUUUUAAAACAUCUAAAACAAGUUAUUUUGAGUUUAUUUUUAGUUUGAUACAUCCCAUUUGUGUCCAUUCAUAGUUUUGAUGCUUUCAGUGAGAAUCUACAAUAUAAAUGAUCAUGAAAAUAAAGACUAAACAUAGAUACAAAAGUGUGUCCAAAUGUUUGACUGGUAGUGACAAGACAGUUAAAGAUCACUUACUGUCGAGUAUAUCUUCUGUCAACAGUGUAACACUCAAAAAUAACCUACACAAAGGGUGGUCAGUUCUCUUAGCUACGACACUGCCAAUGGCACAUACUCGACAAGAUCAUUUUAUCCGAUGACUGCAAUAUAAUAGGGUGACCAGACUUUCAAAGUUC